AUGAAUCAGCGUCCUUCUAGUCGUCCAAAAGCUUCCUUGUAUGUUGGAGACAUACACCAACAUGUUACCGAGGCAAUGCUCUACAACCACUUCAGUCCCGCCGGGACCAUCCACUCUAUCCGCGUCUGCAGAGACAGGGUCAACAAGCGCUCUCUGGGUUAUGCCUAUGUCAACUUCAAGAGGUCAGUGGAUGCCGAGCACGCCUUAGAUUUCUUGAAUUUUAAACUGACUGAUGGCUCUCCGAUUCGUGUAACUUGGGCCCACCAGCGCGACCCGACCAUGACAAAGAGCGGUGUGGGUAAAGUCUUUAUUAAGAACCUGGACACGUCAAUAGAUAACGAAAAUCUAUACGACACCUUCUCUGGCUUCGGCAAAAUCUUGUCGAGCAAGAUUGCAUGUGGUAACAAUGGCUCAAAGGGCUAUGGUUUUGUUCAAUUUGAGACCGCGGAGGCUGCCGAGAAAUCUAUAGAAAGAUUGGACGGUAUGCUGUUUAAUGACAGAAAAGCAUUUGUGGGCCGCUUCAAAUCUCGCAAGGAGCGCCAAGCUGAGCGAUUUGGUUCAUGCGCAAAGUUCACCAAUAUCUACAUCAAGAACUUUGGACAGGAUGUGGAUGAGCAGAAGCUGACAGAGGUGUUCAGCAAGUAUGGAAAGAUCACGAGCGUCUGUGUCAUGAAGGAUGAGAAUGGCAAGUCCCGAGGGUUCGGCUUUGUGAACUUUGAGAGGCACGAGGAUGCGCAAAAAGCUGUGGAUGACAUGAAAGGAAUGCAAAUUAGCGGCAAGCUGAUCUAUGUUGGCCGCGCCCAGAAGAGGUUAGAGCGUCAGUCCAAGCUCAAGCGUUGGUUCCAGCAGAACCAGGAGCGCCAAGCUGAGCGAUUUGGUUCAUGCGCAAAGUUCACCAAUAUCUACAUCAAGAACUUUGGACAGGAUGUGGAUGAGCAGAAGCUGACAGAGGUGUUCAGCAAGUAUGGAAAGAUCACGAGCGUCUGUGUCAUGAAGGAUGAGAAUGGCAAGUCCCGAGGGUUCGGCUUUGUGAACUUUGAGAGGCACGAGGAUGCGCAAAAAGCUGUGGAUGACAUGAAAGGAAUGCAAAUUAGCGGCAAGCUGAUCUAUGUUGGCCGCGCCCAGAAGAGGUUAGAGCGUCAGUCCAAGCUCAAGCGUUGGUUCCAGCAGAACCAGGCUCGCAUGACAUGCCCUUCUAAGCAGCUGCAGCACAUGAGUGCCCAGAUCCACUCCAAGACCAAAGCCCAGGUCAAGGUCCAGACCCUGACCCAGGAAAAUGCCCAGGUCGAGACCCAGCCUAAGCAGGUCCUGACCCAGCCUCUGGUCCAUCUCCUGACUAAUACCCAGCCUUCUGCUUAUGUGUGGGGCAAGGAGCCUCUGACAGCCUCCACACUGGCCUCCACUCCUCUGCACUACCAGAAUCCUAAGCUGGGAGUGUCUCUCAUCAGCAUCAUCCACAAGUUUCAACCACACCUAGCUGAAAAGCUCACCGGUAUGUUCCUGGAGAUGGAAAAUGAUGAGGUGAUCCACCUGCUGGGGUCUCCACAGGCUCUGCACUCUAAGAUCAAUCAGGCA